AUCGCACACACGUCCUAGUCACCAGCAGCAGCUCCGUUCAACUUGCCAAGCAUCAUGAACACCUUCACUUUAGCCAUCGCCUGCCUUCUGGUGGCCGGCGCCCACUGCGGCUCUGUCUUCACCUACGGCGUUCCGGCCACCGUGUCGGUCGUUCACCACCAGCCUGUGGCCAAGCCUCUGGUUCAGCAGCACCUGGUUCAGCAAGUGGUCCACCAGCCUGUGCUGCACCAGCAGGUGGUGCACCAGCCAGUGGUGUACCAGACCGCGGUCAGAGCUCCCGUGGUGGCGCAGCACAAGGAACUCGUGCACGUGCCUCACCACGAGCACGGCUACACCAUCGAGCACAGCAGGCUUGUCCAGCCAAAGUCCACCGUCAUCCACCACCACCCUCUGACCGGCCUGCCGUACCAGCAGACCGACUACCACCACGCCCCAGUGGUGACCGGAUCCCGCAGCUCGGUGUACCACAGCCGGCCAGGCUACAUCGCCGAGCGUACGAAGACCUACGUCCUCUGAACAUUUCGCCACCCACGGUCACCCUCCUGAUCGGCGUGUCAUCCAUUCAUCACUCUUCGGCUGCUAUUUUUCACUAGGGAAUAAAUUUGAUGUUUAAUCCUCCACAA